GAUAAUUUUACUCUAUGACCUUUCGUUUGCCAAACAAAAAACUUACAUAUCCUUGCAACGCGAUCGUUCAACAGAGUGUAAAGCCCAGGCGACUUGCAGUCUCCGGCCGGUGUAGGAAGUUACGGUUGUCGGAAGAGAACAGACAGAGAAUGGCGUCCAGCGGUGAAGAGGUGAGCAACAAACAGCUGAUAUUCAGAGACUACGUCACUGGUUUUCCUCAGGAAUCCGACAUGUAUGUCACCACUGGUACUGUAAAACUCAAGGUAUCAGAAGAUUCUAAUGGUGUUCUUCUCAAGAAUCUCUAUCUAUCCUGUGAUCCUUACAUGCGAAUUUUGAUGAAGAAACAAGAGGGUGUUGGCGGAUUCUCCAGCUACACUCCAGGCUCUCCACUUACUGGGUUUGGAGUGUCUAAAGUUUUGGAUUCAAGAAACCCUGAGUUUAAAGAAGGAGACUUGGUUUGGGGAAUAACUGGAUGGGAAGAGUACAGUCUCAUUACAAAUCCACAAGUACUCUUUAAAAUUCUGCAUACUGAUGUUCCUCUUUCAUACUAUACUGGAAUUCUUGGUAUGCCUGGAUUGACUGCUUAUGCUGGCUUUUAUGAGGUUUCUUCUCCCAAGAAAGGAGAAAAUGUUUUCAUUUCAGCGGCCUCUGGUGCUGUUGGUCAGCUUGUUGGCCAAUUUGCAAAGCCGAUGGGCUGUUACGUUGUUGGAAGUGCUGGAAGUAAAGACAAGGUUGAUUUGUUAAAGAAUAAGUUGGGGUUUGAUGAGGCCUUCAAUUAUAAAGAGGAGCACGACUUGGAUGCUGCUUUGAAAAGAUGCUUCCCUGAAGGCAUAGACAUCUAUUUUGAGAAUGUUGGUGGGAAAAUGCUAGAUGCUGUUCUUCUCAACAUGAGACCUCACGGUCGCAUUGCUGUAUGUGGAAUGAUCUCACAAUACAAUCUUGAUCAGCCUGAAGGUGUUCAUAAUUUGAUGUCCAUUAUUUAUAAACGGGUCCGAUUGGAAGGAUUUGGUGCACCUGAUUAUUUUCCCCAACAUCCCAAGUUUUUGGAUAUUGUGCUGCCUUACAUUAGAGAGGGGAAGAUAAAAUACAUUGAAGACAUUGUUGAAGGACUGGAGAAGGGCCCUGGAGCUUUCAUAGGCCUUUUCAAAGGUCAAAAUGUUGGCAAACAGGUGGUUGUAGUUGCUCGUGAGUGAUCGGAUCUUUUGUUAUGUGUAUAUUUUUCGCUCAAGUUAUCUUAAAUCUCGUAUCGAAUAAUAAUUCUACGUCUGCAUAGAGAUGUCAAAUAUGCUGUUGAGAUGCAUUAUGUUGGACUGUUUUUAAAUGGAAUGGAAGCAAGUGAGUGCAUUAGAGUUUC